AUGGGAGAUCCACUCUCCGUUACCGCUAGCGUGGCGGGCUUACUGUCUCUCGGCCUGCAGAGUACAGAGUAUCUUUACAAUUACUACACCGUAUGCCGAGAACAACAUCGAGACCUCGCCAAGAUCGCAGAUCAACUCGGCGGCCUUCUCGAAUCCCUCCGAAACAUCGACCAGACCGUGCACACGCGCAGCGGGCGGCCGAACGAGCAGUCGAUCAUACAAAGUAUUGAAAAGUCCAUCACCCAUAGUGAGGACGCCAUCAACGCGCUACAGGGUGAGGUCGACAAGUUCAAAAAGAAACCCACAGAUGAUUGGAGAAAGAAGGCAGUGGUGCUUGGACGACGGGCGGCGUAUCCAUUCAAGAGAAGCACUUUAGAAGAUCUCAGCGACGAUAUCAGUGAUUUCAAGGACAACUUAUCGAUCGCGGUACAGGCGCUUCAGCUGAAAGAGCACCAGAAUACCCAGGACGACAUUGAGGAGGUCAACGCGAUCGUCCGAGAUAUACAGGCACGAAGUAUCCAUAUAGACUUGCGACAAUGGCUGAAGGCACCAGACGCGACUGUCAAUUUAAAUGUCGUAGUCGCCAAACGGUACGCGAGCACGGGGCAGUGGUUAGUCUAA